AAUGGGAGGAUCUAAAUCUAAGUCUAUUAAGAAGCAUGCCAAAGUGGCAUUUUCAGAUUCUGAACUUGAGAUUUUGGAAGUCUAUUUCGAACUAUUGAAAUGUCAUGAUUCAUUGUAAAAAAUUUAAUUCAAUAUGAUUUAAAUAGAAACGGAUAUUUGACAUAGAAAUCAAUGGUCCCAGAGUUUCCUGAAAACCCUGAUUUCUCAAUUAAACUAUACAAUUGGAUGAGAGAACGUUGUAAGAAUUAGUAGAUAGAUUACACUAAUUUCGUGAUUACAUGUAAAUAAUCAAUUCUUAAAGUAUAGUGGAACUUCUAUUAAAAGAAUAAUAGGAAUAUUAUUUAAGUGAUUAUAAAUUUAGAGUACUUGAGAAAUUUGAGUUAUUUGCAUUGAUUAGUUUGGGUUGUUUGGAAAAUGAAAAGGAAGCAAUAAAUAGGUAGUUAAAUUCUUUUUAUUCAGAUUCCAAGUAAGUUAUUCUUAAGGAAGUUAAGUGAUUAAGGAACUAUUGAAUAUGUAUUAUUUUAACAAGGAAGUAACUAAUAGCUAAAGAAAUGAUUUGGCAGCUAGAAGUGUAGCAAAUUCUAUUUUUGAUUAAAAAGCAUCAUUGCCAUUUAAUUAAUUUAUUGGUUAAGCAAAAUAGCAAUUAAUUUAUGCUAAUAAAAUGUGUAAAUAGUAUUUUACAAAAAAAUUUAUUGAUCCUCAUCUUAAAUAUGGAAUUCCAACUUUAACAUCCUCAAGUUUUAUAUUAAAUGAUUAAAUUCUUGCAUUAUUACAAAUGAGUUCACCAGACUUUAAUAGGAUCAAAUAGCUAGAUCUCAAAUUUUCAUCCUCAGUCGGAUAUGAUGAUUUAGAGCAUAUUACAGAAAUUAUAAUAGAAUCCCAAUAACCAUUGCUCUUUAUUUUUAGAAAUCGAGAAGAUGAAACACAAAAUGAUACUUUUCAAUAAUAAAUCUUUGGAGCUUAUAUUAGUAUUGAUUAAACAAUUGAAACUCAUUUCAUUAGAAAAUAAUAGAAAGAUCCUAUGGGUAAUUAUUCAAUAUUAUAUAUAGGAAUACUCUAUAAUCCUAAUGAUUAAGUGUCACUCUAUUUUGGAGAUGAGAAAAGCUUCCUCUUUUCUUUAUUGCCUAAAUAUCAAUUAUUUAUGAGUACUUUUGAUCUUAAAUCUAAAUAAUGUUUUGGUUAUAUAAAUAGUAGAGCUUUCAAUUUAAAAGUACCUCAACCUUACGGUUUAGGUUUUGGAGGAGAUGGAAAAGGAAAUUUUAGAAUUUGGAUUGAUGAAAACCUUAAAGGAAAUGCAACAAAUCGUAUAAACAAUUCAUGUGAUUAAACUUAUGAAAUGGGUUAUUUAUUAGAACCACACAUAGAGUUUUUAAAUGUAAAUUAUUAUAUUGAACUAGUUAACAUCAAUUGAAAUAUGGGGUGCAGUUUUUGAAGAAAAAGAUAUGAGACCAUCAAACCAAAAUAAACUCAGAAGUUGAA